AUGUAAUAACUUUAGAUCCACAAGUAAGAUGCUGAUCUAACUUAACGCAAAUUCGAUAAGAAUUAAGGAUUCAUAUCUAAAUUAAAAAAAAUGCUUCUUGUAUUUUCAUUUCAUUUAAUUAGGAUUAAAAGUUCAAGGAUAUCAUAUACAUUCUUGAAUCUAAUGAUGGAUUCAUUAUAAUGAAUCUCCAAUAAUUUAUUAAACAAGUAUUACCAGAAUAAUUUAAACAAAUUAAUUAUCAGAGUUUUAGAAGGUUAUAACAAUUUUCUAUUAAUUUUAGGUAACUGAAUUAUUAUGGAUUUAAAUGUUUAAAUAAAGAGAAGAAUAGUGUUGAAUAUGUUAAUAAAUAAUUUAAUAUUCAUUCAGAAACAUAGAUUAAGAAAAUUAUAAAAUAAAAUUCAGAGGUUAAUUACUUUGAGACUUCAUUUAAUUAAUUAGAAGAAUUAAGAUUAAAUUAAUUAAUUUUGCAUAAAUAAAUUGAAGAAAUAAAAAUAUUAUAAGAAAAAAUUAUGAAGAAUACUUAAAAUAACACAAUUGUAAUAUUUCUCUAAAUUUCAUUAGAAAUAUUUACAAUCUUAAAUUAGAAGUGA